AUAUCAACGAUUUCCUUCGGAUUACGUUUCUGCUAAGUCAACUGUUCUUAUUGCACAUUAGCUAGCAUUUUCUGACACUGUUGCGGCCGGUUAAAAAGCUUGUCAAUUGAGUCCUACACGCUAGAGAAUAGAUAUUUAUGUCGCAGUUAGCAAGGCUGUAUGUCAAACGGCUCUAUAUUCUAUAUGUAGUGAACUACAUGUGAGUCAGAAACUGACGCUUUUUAAUCCUAUGUAGUGAGCGGAUAAAGGGAAUACCGCUCUGGUUGAGAUAUUGACCUGAAGAAUGGCAGUUAAAGUAAUCUAUUAGACGUUUAUUGUUACUACAUGAAGAGUACUUGUCAUGUACAACAACAACAAAAAAAGAGGAACAUUCUGAAUAACAGACAACAACAAGUAUGCUGUUUGUGAGUUGUGGUAAAUUGAUUAUUUGGUGACGUCAAAUAAAGCAAUAAAUCACUCGAGCAGGUGAUCUACAGUGAUUUUAAUCAGGGGUAAAGAGUUGCCAUAAGCACAUUAUCUGUGAUAUCAUCAGUGUAGAGCACGCCCUCGAGUGGUUCAUAGCUUACUUUAUCACAUUUCAGAAAAGCAUCACCCUUUGUAACAAAUGCCCAUCGACUGUUGUUCAUGAUUAUGGUUCUGUCUAUAUGUACAAGUUUUCUGGCAAAAUCUUUAUUCGCUGGAACAGUUAACGCAAGAAUUGCGGUUAAUCAGGGAAAUCCCUUUAAAAUCCAGUCCUUUUUGCAAGCAGACCUGGCACAGAGGAAACCGGAGUACUCGGAGGAAACCCUCGAAGCACGGGGAGAACACGCACACUCUGUACACACAGGGCAGAGACGGGACUCGAACCCCCAGCUCCGGAGUUGACCACUGCUGACCACUGCGCCACCGUGCCACCAGAACUGAUCAUCCUGGGGGAAAACCACAGGACAAUGCACAUUUAUACCAGUUCAGGUUUAAAAAGAGUACAUGAGGGUGUAAUAAUAUUCCCAGCUGUGCAGGUGGGAACUGCUUACUGGCAGAAUCAGUCGCAAUGAACCAAAGUCGAAGUGUUUAGGUGUAACAUACAGUGAGCAGUAAACAAACAAGAAAGAUAUAACAGUAGAUUUUCAAUAUAAUCUGGAGAUAGAUUUUAAGAUAAGGUUAACCUUCGAAAGAAACAUUCUCCCGAAUACAGUGUAAAUUGUUGUGAUGGUAUUUUCAAAGUGAAAUUAGCGACAUUUGCUGAUUCUUGGUGCCGACUAGUGAGCAGGCGUGAUGGAGAGCACAGAUCCAAGCCCAGCAGAUGGAGAGGAGCGAAUGGCCGAACUGCGACCGAGGACACGCUCCAAUCCAGAGGGAGCGGAGGACAGACGGAGCAGUAAUGGUGGUCUGAACAGUCCUCCGCCCUCACAACCUACUGUGGGAAGUCGAGUGGAGGGAGAAGGAGAAGCGGCCAGCACUGACAGUCCUCCAGGUUCCACGUCCACCAUCACGACUACUAUUUCUGCCCCCAUCGCUGCUGCUGCCACUACCGCAGCAAGCGUCAUGUCCAAUUCAGUGCCUGCUUCAAUGGCUGCUGCCAAAGAAAGGCCCAAACCAAGUCAGCCCUCAUUGGCAUCACAGAUUCCUCCAGCUUCAGAACUCCAGCUGCGAGUACCAAGAGUCAACUGCCCUGAAAAAGUGAUCAUCUGUUUGGAUUUGUCAGAGGAGAUGUCCCUACAGAAGCUGGAGUCCUUCAACGGAUCCAAGACGAACGCUCUCAAUAUCUCCCAGAAGAUGAUUGAAAUGUUUGUGAGAACAAAGCACAAAAUAGACAAGAGGCACGAGUUCGCCUUGGUGGUGGUCAAUGACGAUGCCUUGUGGUUAUCAGGCUUCACCUCUGACCCACGGGAGCUGUGUAGCUGUUUGUAUGAUCUUGAAACAAACAUCUGCGAAUCUUUCAACCUGGAGGAUCUUCUCAAUGUAAUUCUCCAGAAGAUUGAUCUUCCAAUGAUGGACAAUGUUCAGACGAUCCCACCACCCUUUGUGGUUCGUACUCUCCUCAUUUACAGUCGGCACGCAGGCCAGCUGCAGUUUAACCCAUCAGAUGCUGUCAGUAAAAUGCUACGCUCUCCGUACUUCUUCUUUGACGUCAUUUACCUUCAUAAUGGCGCUGACGAGCAAAUGGAUGAUAACAGCUGGAGGGACACGUAUGAAUCCUUCUCGAAGUUGGACUCUAAGGGGAUGUGCUACCGUUUCGAGGUGUCGCUGUGUGGCCCGGCCAUCGAGCUGCAUAACUGCAUGGCUAAGCUGCUGUGUCACCCGCUGCAGAGGCCCUUCCAGAGCCAUGCCUCCUACAGCCUGCUAGAGGGCGACGAGCCACCAGAGAUCGAGGCCACGGUGUAGAUCACUGCUCACUAACCCUGCUCCUGGAAAUCACACUGUAGAACUUAGUUCCAAUACUGCUGUAACACUGCUUCGUCUGGAUAAUCAGUGUCCAUGAUAUACCAGAUGAGCAGUGUUGGAUUUGGGUUGGAGCGUCUUGAGUUCUGUAAGAAGAUGCAGUAGAUCUCCAUGAACAGGAUUAAUGAAGGACUAGCAUCACUGAUGAAGCGUCUUCCCUUAAGAUUGUCUAUUAAUGAUGGACACUUUCUGUGCUGGGGGAAAGAAGAAGAGAGCAAAAUGUCUUCACAUGUGGACUGUUUGUGGAUUUUCUUUAGAUUUGAGAUGUUCAGGGGGAGGGAGAUUGCCUUUUAUUCACUGGAUCCAUUCAGCAUAAACCCUUCAGGAAAGAUUGGUGAAUGUGGAAAGACGAUUGUCGAGUAAGGAUGUGGUUAAAUAAAUGAUAAAAGUCAAGAACAUGGUGCAUUGAAAUUAGUUUGUUUAAUGUAUUUCUGUGAAACAUGACUAACACACCACCAUAGCUCUAAGUCAAGAUCUGCCUUCUCAUACUGAAUACUUCUAUAAAUUUUAGUUUUGGUAAAUGGUCUGCACUUAAAUAGCGCUUUUAUCCAAAGCAUGUUACACUGUGUCUCAUUCACCUAUUCACACACACACACACACACACAACAAUGGUAGCAGAGCUUGCCAUCGGGAGCAACUUGGGGUUGUUGUCUUGCCCAAGGACACUUCGGCAUGUGGAGUCACGUGGGCCGGGAAUCGAACCGCCAACCCUGCGAUUAGUGGACAACCCGCUCUACCACCUGAGCCACAGCCGCCCCAUAUGAAGAGACGUCAAUCUGGUAUAAAUCUUAACUCACAAUGUUACUAUUCAUUAGUAACAUUGCAGGGAUUUUCAUUUAUCACAUGACGACUACACUGACCCGUAUAUGUAUUUUUAAUAAAAAUUGCGAAAGUACAGUAGGAAUAUUGCUAACAACAAUGUGUAAGGAUUAUCGUUAACCUUUUCAACAUUUGGGUGUGUAACUUAUAAACGUAACAUAUGCGUAGAGUACCUGUACCAGCAUCGCACAAACAAAAAUGCCAUUCGCAGAGUAUAGGUGAAGAAUGGAAAAAGGCCAUGUG